AGGUUUUAAAAUUAAGCCCAAACGUGUGCGUUGCCACAUGAUCUCACAAAUUUAACUGAUCCUCGAGGUUUUCAGUGGGGCAAUCUGCCAAAUCAAAGAAGGAGAAAAGUCAUUGACCGUAUUAUUUUAUUCUAACUAGCGAAAAUUCCUGUGAUUGGGUAAAAACUGGCUGCAAACCGUUAUAUUGAAAACCUCUAAGAAUUUUAAGCAUCUAACCGGCUGGAAACCCGAUUUAUUCGCUCAGUUAUCGGUAUUUAUUGGAUGGUUCUUUUUCGCAAGGCAACUGACCCGGGGCUAUUACAGUUCUGACAAGUGUCUGUUUACAUCACAAAAUUUACAAAACAGGGUUGACUUCUUUCUCGUGAAAGUGAAAGAUAAUGGGGCCUUCAGGUUUUCACUAAUAAGGAAAAUGUAGGUCCAAGCCAAGAAAACGUUUGAUAUCGGUUGUUCGGUUUCACGUGGUGAGUGCACUUCGAAAUAUGAUGGAUGGAGUCCACAGGAUAUAAUAUGAAGAACAGCUCCCCAGACAUGCAGGAAGAGAGGGCCCACAGAAAAAUGCAUGAGCUGUUCAUGCAGGUGUUGAAAAAUAGGGAUUUGUCCAGGGCUGGUGAUCUUUUUUCCGUGCCAGAUGCUGUCAUCGUCAACGACCUGACAAAUGUGAUUAAAGAAAUCACGACUGUGGCUUCUCUUCCUGAUUAUGUGAACAAUGACAAUGAUCAAAGUGUAGUGGAAAUAUGCAUUACCAGAGUAACAUCGUGUAUUCGUGAAACUGGUAGCAUUGAACAACACUGUGAUGCUCUAGUAAAUCUCUUGGAAUCCUGCCUACAUCACAACUUGCAAGUUUCUAAUAGAGAUGAAGAUCCUCCACAUGCAAAGAUCUCAAGCGAUAUUAUUUCCUGUAUAUUUUUGAAUUAUAGUAAGAAAUCUGUAAUGCAAAGAGCGCUACCAGUGGCCGUUAAGUUUUUGCAUAAAGGUAAUAAAGAACUAUCAAGAAACAUGGCAUCGUACCUUUCUUUGGCAGCAAUGGAGCAUGCCAGUUUACUCACUCCUCAUGUACAACCCAUUAUGGACUCCAUUAUAUCUGGCAAUUAUCCUUUAUGUAGAGUGCUACCCAAUAUAUAUGAAGUAUCGCCAGAGCCCUUCCAGGGUCAUGCUAUGGCUUUAGUAUCUCUUCUAUCGCAUUGCGAUAAUCAUGAAAAAUUGGCACUGUUAAACCUGUUCUCGCUUAUGGCAAAAGAUAAACCAUCACUGUUGGAGGCAAGUGUACCUCAGUUAUGCGAAUACCUUUCAAGUUCUGCAACAGUCACUGCAACAAUGCAAAUAUUUCUUAAUAUGGCCGAAAAGCAGCCGCUUCUUUUGGCCGAUCAUGUAUCGGCAAUGAAACAAGCUGCGCAAAGACAUCCGCAAACUGUUUGUUUAGCCGCGCAGAUUAUUGGAGCUGUCGGCAAAUUGAGCAAAGAUAGAGCUCAAGAUGCCCUCAAUUUUGUUUUGGAGUAUUUACCAAAGGCUGACAGAGGGUCUCAGAGCACUCUCCUAAGAGAGGCCACUUUAUUAUGUAGUUCAUAUCCAGUUUUGUUUACGGAUAAAGUAUUAGCAGGAGUUAGACAACGACAUCACACAAGCACCAACCAAAUAUCACAAAGCAGCCAAGUGACAUCAGGGGGCGUUACCAUUGUGAAAGUGGGCGGACAACAACCUGAGAAACCUCAGGUUGCAACGGGGGGAUAUACAAGGCGUGCUAAACUAGGAGAUUCAAGAAGUACAGGAAGAUUGCACACUGCCCAAAAUUCAAAUACACAUAGAAGCAUGACUAGGUUAAAUGUAGCUGGCGGUUCAGUGGGUGGUUUGCAUAAAAGCAUGACCAAGUUGAGUACCUCAAGAGAAAUGAACAGUAUGUCGAAUUCGUAUGCCCUUCCAACCUCUCCAGUCACUGUAACUGGUGGUAAAUGGUCAGGCACAAACAUUAAAGUAUCAAGUGGAGGAGUGACAGUGACUACGAUUUCUCCACCUAGAAUUCAGCGGCCCUUGAGCCAAGGGCCUCUCACUUUGCUGAAUAACCAUUUGGCACAGUCAACAAUAUCAUCACCGCCUCCACUUCAUGCUGCCAGCAACUCAGUAACUGUAAGCUCCGGCUAUACUGGACUGAUUUCAAGUAGUAAUCAGGUGAACGUUUUAACUACUGGAACCAGUUCCACGACGCAAAAUAUCUCAGUUAUUCCCAGCAGUCCGCCACCUGAAAUGCUCAAUAAUUCACACAGUAUCAUGAACUGUGCACCGUCCAGCGGAAGUGGAAAUGUAAAUGUUAGUGGCCCAACAACCGUGAUCUCUAGAAGAAACAAUAACAACAACAACACUAGUGUUACUCUGAUAAAUCAAAACUCGAUAGCUAAUCAGCGAAUGAGUGUCUUUGAGCCCUAUCCAAUGAGGGAUACCAUUCAGCAUUUUUGUGAAAAACAUUUGGACAAAAUCAAGUUAUACAUGGAGAAAGUGUCCUUAAGAAUACCAUCGCCGGCUAAAUGCACUAUAGAAGAAAAGAGGCAAAAGAAAUCAGCAAAAUUGCAUUUUGCCUGCCAGGCGAGAGGUCAACAUUGUCUAUAUUCUAAGACGUAUUUUACCAUGCGAACCCGCAAUCCCAGAAUUUGGAUACAUUUAAUGUUUAUUUCAUUGCAGGCUCGCCAUUCACAUGCGUUGAGUUCACGCGAUGCUCAAGUGGCCAGCUUGAAGCACUGCUGGGACAUUUUGAAAGCUGAGAACAAAACGUUUUUGACUUUAGUUACCAGCGCAUUUCCAUGCUCAAAAGAUCAAGAGGCCUUGCUAAGUGAACUGAGACACGCCGGAUACUUCGAUGUAUUUCAAGUAUGCCCACAAAGCAUUGGAAGUUCUGUCGACAACUUAGAAGGUAGCGGCCCGUUAAGCACAAUUGGCGGAAUCCGUUGGGGCUGCUUUCUUUGCGCACAUCCUGAACGUGCGAUGGGAUUUCUAAGAGGAGACACUCAGCCAGUUAUUGAGGGUCAAUUAAAGGAGAAAAAGGGUAAAUGGCGAUUGUUUAGAAGGUGGCGAACACGCUAUUUUACCCUCUCUGGUGCACAUUUGUCAUGUAAAGGAUCGAGCGGUGGAGAAUCGAUAGAUGUUCAUCAGAUUCGUUCAGUUAGGGUUUCACGAGGAGCGCGAAAUAUACCGAAAGCCUUUGAAAUAUUCACAGAAAAUCAAACAUUGAUUUUGAAGCCAAGCGAUGGCAAGAACGCUGAAGAAUGGGUUCAGUGUUUGAGUAUCGUAGUGGCACAUUCCCGAGAAACGGUUGGCCAGAAUGGCAAAGAAAAUUCCAGAGGCAAAAGCAACAGUUUACCUGCAAGAGGGCUUGGUGGAAGUAGGAGUCAUAUUUAGAGUCUCUAAAUAGCGUAAGUUAAAACCAUUUCAAUUUUCGAAUGAGAUAAUCUAUAAAUCAUUGUGAGUGACGCGCUGUGUAUGAAUAUUCAUUAUGAGUGAAAAGAUACAUUCCAGAAUCUCGAUAUUCUAGAGGACUAUAUUAAGAAAGUCCACAAUCUGUGGAAUUGGAGAUUCUUUCACCAGGUUAAUUUUCUAACGGGACAGCUGUGUCUUCAUUAAUUAUAAAUAAGCAAUAGAACACUUCUCGCUUUUUCAUAUGAAACAUCUUACAUGCAAGAUAAUGACAGAAGGAUAAAGAGCUUCUUUUUCGACAAUCUUGUGAUUUAAAUUUUGAGAACCAAACAUUUUUCUUGGUUGUAUAUGUUGCACUAUAUGAUUUGUAUUUUCUUUAUUUACUUAAAAUAUAUAUAUAAACUGAAAUUGAAAAGAUCGAAUGCGCGAUGAACUAAUUGCUAUUGAUUUAAUAUAUUAUAAUUAUGCAUAUUGCAACACUAAUAAGAUUUGAACUUUUACACUUAGAUUAGUAGAAGCUGUGAUUUUAAAAACAAAAAAACACUCAUUUGGUACAUUUAUUAUUGAUUAAAUAUAGGGAGGAGGUUAAUGGCUGUUAUUCAACGGGACAGAAAUAUAAUAAGGCACUCGACAUAUUCGGCAACGUUAAACUAUCCUAAUGUACUUAACUAACCUAACUUAAAUCAUAUCCGAUUUGCUUCAACUUGAAUCAUACACCCUUAAAUUACUAUUUAUUUUAUUGCCGAAAUGAUUACGCCGGUAUGCAUAGUUGAUCUUCGGCAUUUUAGCGGUAUAACCGAGCAUGCGGCCGUCGACUGGAAAGCGACGGGUUUUUGAUGCAAAGUUGUUCUUCGUUAGAUGGAAUCGUCGACGAUUCUCCCAUAUAAUGAGCAUGCGCAAUAUCAUUAUCCUGAUGGCCCGCGCCGUCCGCUUUUGCGGUGAUAUUACUAAUUUACCGAUAAAAGUUCGGCAUUGCUUUUAGUUAGCUCGUAAAGUCAUUAAAGUCGGCGCUGGAACGCCGUCAAAGGCAGAAAACAUAUCAUACGAUAUUGCAUAAAUAAAUCGCAAAAUAACCAAGAAAAGAGAUAUUAGCGGUGAAAACCGUUGAGAAAAUCAACCAAUUGGUUCCGAAACCUCUUUUGUAAACAUUAAAAAAAUGUAAUUAUCGAUUUGUGAUUUGCUCCUGGUUAUUGAUUAAUAGCAACAACACAUUUUGCACGGUUUCUUUUGAGGAACGAAAGCGUUUUCUGAAAUCGAUUUCAGUAAUAUUCUCUAAGGUAUUUUUCCUAUCUCGAAUAUUCCCGAAAAUAAUACAAUUAUUAUUUGAAUUGCAUCCCACGCUUGUUGAUGUUUUCUUUACUUACCUUUGUGGUAUGUUCAUAUCUAAUUCCAAGUGCGAAUUAUCCCGAUUAACACUGUACAAUGCAUCGAGAUUGUUCGUUAUCUAUUUAAAACAAAAAUAGUAUAAACAACACGAGAAGUUGAGAAGUUUCGCUCACAAAAGAGCUUUGGCUAUCGCUCGGAGAUGCCUAUAUUCUGCAGGGUGAGUUUUUUUAAAGUGUUACAAGGCUACGUCCUAUAGAAAGAGUCCUAAGAAAUAGGUACGGGGACGUAUUUUAACAUAUGUCUUAUUAUUCUAUUCAAGCGCCCUCUGUGAGAGGGAAAGGCAACAUUAAAAUUUUAAAUGGAAUGAUAUAUUUUUGAUUGUGAAAUUUAAGUCAACAAAAGAAACUUUUGUAUAUAUUUUGCAUAUAUUUUGUAUUGUGAAUUUAAAUCAACACAAAAAACUGUGUAUGUGUAGACUUUUUAUGUCAAUUGAUCACUUAAUUCCAGAAUUAUGACGUGCAACAUAAAUUUAAAACAAUAAAUUUAUUAAAUUAUGACCCGACUAAUAGUAAUCAAAUAUGUUUCAGGAGAUGUUCAAAAUGCCUGCCUUCAACUUCCAAACACUUUACUACUCGAUUUUUUAAAGAAUUUUGAAAUUUGAAAAAACUACUGACUUACAUGUUUAAUUGUAUUGAAAUUCAAUAAAACUUAAUUUAUCGAUAAUUGUUUAACCAGAUGAGUAAACCAUGCAAAAAUUUGUACACAUACGUAGUUUUUCAUGUAGAAUCAAAAAUAUAUCAUUUCAUUUAAAAUUUCAAAUUUGGCUUUACCUCUUAAAGAGGGCGCUUGAGUACAAUAGUAAAAAAUAUGUUUAAACAUGUCCCCCUACCUAUCUAUUACUUUCCAAAAUGUUUAUAAAUAUAUUGCAAUCUGUGUCUGAGGUAUAGCCUUGUAACACUUUAAAAAACUCACCCUGUAUAUACUUAUAUUUAACUUUCUCUUUGCUAGUAAAUAAAAUAAUCUUUUAUUUACUCUAUGGUUCAUCCGAUCGGCUGUGCAUCUAAUAUUGCCUCCGGUGAAAGUCGGGAGGCCGGCGCAUCGUAAAAGAUCGACUAUGCAUACCGGCCUGUUUUCGCUACAAACACGUGCGUUAAUUCGAGUUAAUAUAUUCGCAUAUGCAUAAUUAUUUAUUGUUUGAAACAUUCCAAUUCCUGACUGUAUUCCCAAUUUUAAUAUAAACAAUGUUCCUGGGUUUCAGUCAUUUAUUCACAAAGUUUCGAAGAUCACAAUUUAGUCAAUUUUCUUAAAAACGUUUCGCUGUUUUCUACCAUCGUCAGUUUGUGAUGUGUCAGAGUAAAAAAAAAUGAUGGUGGAAAAACAGCGAAGCGUUUUUUAAUGGCUAAAUUGUGAUAUACUAAAUAAAUGACUGAAACCCAGGAACGUUGUUUAUAUUAAAAUUCCCUGUUAUAGAUAUACAAUAUUUCAGUAUAUUAUUUUAUGUUUAUUACCAACUUUUUUCCAUUUAGUCAAUUUCCAUAGUGUUUCAAUUUUGCUCGAAUUUUUAAGGAUAAAGAUUUUGUAAACGGCUUCUAAAAUAGAAGAUACAAGUAUUAUAAAUUUCAAACAGAACCGUCCAAAUGUCGUAGUAGACCUAGACCAAGUAGUAAGUAGAGAUUGAUUACUUGUGGAGACAGGAACGUGAUUUUUCCUUUCGUAAAUUAUAUGAUGGGAUUUGUUAAUAAACUUAGUUAUCAAUGUAAAUACAGGUGCGUAACUACUUAAGUAUUUUGUUACAUUGCAUUAGGCUUUAUAGGUAUGUUAAUGUUUGUCAGCAGUGAACAAAAUUGUUGUAUAUGUUUAAAGCAAUUUGCACUGUUUCACAUCAACAAUAGAAUGUUGUUGUUCCAGUACAUUAUUUUUCGAAGACAUUUCUUCAAAUUUUGUACAUGGCCAAAUAUUUCAUCAAUUUUUUAUAUUUAUAUCAAAAUAGCUUCAACGACAUGGCUCCAUUUUCCGAACUUAAAUUUUCCAACAAGUAAAACAUAUAAAUUUUAAUAAUUAGCAUUAAAUGCACUAAAAAUCAAAGUUAUUAGAAAAUACAACAGCACAAAAAAAAUACAUAACUAAUUAGAUAAAUAUUGAACACAAGUCACAUACAAUCUAAAUAUUUGGGCAAGGCUUUCGACUAAUGAAGUAUUGAAAUAUGCUUAAGGCUAAAGUAAUCAUGAAAUGGAUCCAUAAAGCUUCCAAGCCACUGUUUUUCUUUGGGAUCUAAGGUUUCUUGAAUGGAUGUUUAAAGAUUAAACGAUAAGAUAGGAUGAAAUCAACGUUACUUUUCCGGACUGUAUAUUAGCUUUAAUUGUUACUUAUUUUACAGACAUUCCAGAAUUUUAUAUAUACUGUGUUUUUUAUUAUUUUUUCUUGUUAUUAAAUAAACAUAUGUGCUUUUUAAAACAGUCUGCUCAA